AGAAUUUUUUUAUGCUAUUGAACGUAAUUCGUAUAUAACACUAUAAACAGAAAAUAUCAUUAAUAUUUAUACAAAUAUUUUUAUUAUAUUGAAACUAUUAAAAUUUAAAUUUAUAUUUACAUUUUAAAAUUCAUAGAUUAGAUAAAUAAAUAACAUAUAUCAAAUAUAUAUGUUACAUCAAUAAACAAAAUUAAAAUUUUUAAAUUUUAAAAAAUGAAAAUAUAAUUAAAUUUUUUCAUAUUUUAGAAUUAUUGUACAAUGAUGUGUCUAAAAUAUAAUAAAUUGUGGAUGAAACAAAUCUGAUUUGUUUAUGUAUAUUGAUUCAUACUAUACAUAAUUCAAUUAGAAAAUCAUGAAGUAUACUUCGAAAUACAACGCGCAUGGCAAACAAUUCCACUUAACAACCGUUUAUCUACGAAACGUCAACUUGCUGAUAGAAGGUUGAUAUAUAUUAAAAAGAAGAUUAUCGAAUUUUCUCUCUUUCUCUUUUUCUCAGCUCUUUCUUUUUAUUUUUUAAAUGUUUAAAUCUAGCAGCAUUAUCACUAAGAAAAGUACAAGAAUUGAACUUGUUUUAAAAAACACUUGAAAAGUUUUAAUCAAAUGCAUGCCGUCUCUGUUGGCGUUUCCCUUUGACCAACGCGACCAGAUGAGGAGGCGAGCUUUUCUACACAGCGACACAGGUGAAUGGCCGACAGGUGAAAAGCCGAGAGUUUGAAUAAAGCACGAGCUGAAUUACGGGAGAAUGAGCGAUCCAACGUCAAGAGCUUGUAGGGAGCGUCAUAUCGCUCAGAAGAGACGGAAGAUAACUGUGCCCAGGAAGAAAACUCUGAAGGAGUUUUUCGAGACCCAGUACUAUUUUACCAAAGGCCAUGAAUACAUGGGAGAGGCUAGAAAUGUUCUCGAGGAGCAAUCUCCUUUCAUUUAUCCUCCUUGCUCUCUCAUGUUCGCUUAUUUUCAAUACUGGAAAGCGAAACAACGUACUACGGAUAAGGAAAAAAGGACGCUUUCCGACACCAAAGCUUUACACCAGCUUUUACGAUCUCUUCGUGUGGACGUGGACAUCGAAGCCUUGGAGGCAAAGAAGCACAAAGAUUUGGACGAAGCUAUAGCCAUCACCGAUGUGGAUCCACGUUACUUUUCGGAAUUGGAUGCCAGGCUAGUGAGAGAAAAAUUCUCCGUACGCAAGUACGUGGAAGAUUGUCGUGAGAUUUUAAAGUGUCGGCUAUUAGCUGGCGAGGAGAUGGACGAUUGCAUUCGUAUAGAUCAACAAUUCGUCGAGGAGCAAAAAAGACUCGAUAAGAUCAAGCGACGAUAUCGUCGAUACAUAAGCGGUUUCGAGGAAUUUCUCUCCAAGGAUCACGAGGAGAGUAUGAAAAGUCUGCUACUCGCUGAGAACGAGUCGAAGAAAACUAGAGAGAUGACGGAUCACAGGAAUAAGCUUUCCGUCGAGUAUGGCCGGGUCAGAUUGGAAGUAUAUCACUGGGAGGAGAGUUGGAGAACGAUGAAGAUGUGUCAACGAUUCCUCUAUCAGAUAGCUCCGAUUUCUUGGCGGACGGAGCACGAUUGGAUCCAUCGCAGUCAUUCCGGGGAGAGCAUCACUUACGACCAUACGGAGGAUUUAUUCGGACGAUACAGAAUGCUGGGCGACGUUGCUUCCCUCGACGCUCUUAUAGAUUUCUUCGAGCAAGAUAUUAGCGAGGCAGGUCCUGCAGAUUUGUAUUUUCAGGAACCGUCCGAACUGAUCAACGUGUUCAAAUCGAUAGAGACGCAAAAUUUGAACGCGUUGAUCCACUUGGAGAGUCUGGCAGAGCCGAUGGCUCAAAUGAUGUUGACGAUACAAAAUGCUGAAGAACAGAUCAAGAUAGAAGUUGGAGAAAUAACCAAUACGAUCAACGAGUUGCGCGCAAGCAUUCACGUGUUGGAGAGCAGAGCCAUAGAUUUGGAAAAGCACGCGAACGAGCUUUUGGAAACCGUGUUCCGGGAUUCCGUUUGCUCGGAGGAAGUGCUUCGUCUUCAGGUAUUCGUCGAGGAUGCGUACGAGAGUUGUGUCGGGCCAAACGAAGCGAAUCUAGAUAGUUUCUCCAUGAUGAAAUGGAUCGAGAAGAUACACGACGACUUGAAUUUGAAGCUGGAUACUCUACCGCCGGAGGUGGUCAAGGCUUGCGAGAAAGAGGGCUUCAAGCAGGAGUUGAAGGUCAUGAAGCAGACAGAGGAAGCUGCUAAGAAGUUCGAGCUUAUGCAUCGAUUGCUGGUCUCCCUGAAACGCAUAAUGGAGCCACCUCCGACAAAGAAGAGGCCCAUGAUGUGGCGAUCGACCCCAAAAAUGUACAGAUUGAAAGGAGUGGCGAUGGCGCUGGAGCCAACCGAGGAGGAAAUGCAAUAUUUGACUUUCUUCACCAACUAUUGCAAAACGGAGGACUUCACCACCUAUCGCCCUCAAUUCCCGGACGAUUUUGAUCUGACGUUCAAGAAGCAAGAAAUUGUAGUGACCGAAACCGAAGAGGACGAGGAUGUUUUGAUAAAAAAAUUUGAAUGAUCGAAUUUCUUUUUUUUUUUUUUCAUUUAACCAAAUUACAAAAUAAAAUCGAUCGUUAUAGAAUAUUAUAUACAUUACGUAUAGAGAUUAUUCACGAAUAAUCAUUUUAAUUAAUUAAUUGGAACAAGAAAAUUUCGAUCUGUAAAGACGAGACGACGGAAGAAGAUGCGUAUUAUUUUUUUUUACGGUGAAACAACGGUAAUCCACGAGCAACGCGGAAGCAACGUUGCGGAUAAUUGAAACAAAUUAUUGUUUUACGGACCGAUUUCACCGAUCCUCUCCAAUUAUUCCUCAUUUUCCACGAUUUCGAUAUUGCUCCCGUCGCAGACGAACUUGUGAAUAAUUCACGACCCUUCCCCAAUCGAAAAUCUUCCCCGUCCAAUUAAGUAAUUGAAUUAAAACGCAGCGGACGAAAGAUAACUUCCGCCUGUUUCUUCUCUUUAAUUGAAACACUUACGUAGCGCGAAACAUCGAUCAAACGCAACCGUCGAGGAGGACGCCUCGCACCGUGAACAUUAAUUCGAAAUACGUCUGAUGCAUUUUCUCCCCUUCUUUUUCCAUCUUUAAUAGAAGGAUACGCGCACUCUUCCGUUUUACUUUACACCCGGAAACCACGCGUCACGGUGUUUCAAUUUUCUACAGAAACGUCCAGGAUCAUCGACACGCCACGAGAGGAUGCCCAAAGGAUCGAAGAUGAAAAUUUUUUUAAAAAGCGACGAGAAUAAGCUCCAACUUAUUCAAACUUUGUACUUGGCAAUCCAAAUUUCAUCUGACAAUUUUCCAAUUAUUCACGGAUGGUUCGUGAAUUUUUAAGAUCCUUUAUCUCUUAUGUUAAAUGGAAUCGUUGCUCUUUCUUCCAAUCGGAGUAAAUGUAGUCGAUAGAUCGAAUCAACAAGAAAUGAGAUUAAAAGAAUCGGAAAAUUCGGUUCUUUAAUUGAAGAGAUAUUGAAUAUAAGAAAGGAGAAGAAGAAGAAGAGGUCGCUUUUGAAAUUCUUAUGCAACGAAAAAAGCAUCAUCCUCCAACUUCGGAUUACUUUCGCGGAGUGGUUUCGCCCACUAAGAAUGCUCGCAAGUUUCUCUUCUUUGCAUUCUCCGUUUCCCAAAGGAUCUUCUCCCUUGGCUGGGUAAAAAAAAAGUACGCGUGCACGAAUCGAAGGGAGAAGGGGAAAUAAUGGAUAGACGAGAAAAGAAAUAAUCUCUCGAGUGAAGAUAAAAGAUAUAAAAGGGAGAGGGUUUAAAAAAUUUAUACCAAGUUUCUCCUUUUUAUGGAGAAUCGAUACGGAUGCUUCUGGUUGUAGGAAACACGUUAAACCCGAUUGUCGAUUCGAUGCGAUGGAUCGUUAUUUCACGAAAUUUGCACGGGAAUUUAUUUAAUCAACAAUUGUGAACGAGAAAUUGUUAUAAUUCAUCCUUUCUACGAAUGAAUAUAUAUAUACAUGGAAACAAGGAGGCGGCUGUAGUAAGAAAUUGGCGAGGAAAAGAUCGAUACAAGGGGUUGAACUCGGAGUGAGAAACGAGUGGAGUAAAUGAGAAUUUUUAGAUUGGCCUUGACAAGUUGUCUGCACGCUGUCAUCUCGACGCGAAAGAGUCACAAAGGGAAGUGGGCAGGCGAGGGUGGGCUCGAGUACCACGUGUCUGCCAUUAAUUCCACUUGUGGGGCAAAGGUGGCGAGGACUGGUUGUUGGAUAUCGUUACGAACGUAUCCUCGAACGUAUCCCUUCUUCGAUCCUCACCAAGCGGCGAGAAGUCGUUAACAACGAGUCGCAGGUAACAGGAGGUGUGCUUCCUCGAGGAGAUCGAAAGAGGGCGAGGAAUUUUCCUCUGAAAGUAACGAAGAACGAAUUGAAAUUUCGGAAGAAUUUCGAGACCUCCUCCUUGACAGUUCACCUUGACUGUGGAAAAAUUGAAAAAAAAGAAAAGAGAAGGAAGAGAGAAAAUCUUUUCCCUCCUUUUUCGAUCGAUCAAAGCAUCAAAGCCGAUUCGAGAUUUCGAAAGAAUGGCCGAAUGUUUCGAUGAAAAUCAGCGAGGGUAAGGGCGGAUUUUGCGUACUCCGAGGAGGCCUUUCGAGAUUAUCCCCAUAGCAACGAGAAUUGCUCGAUAGCAGACUGGCUAGGGAGCUCUUGAACCAAACUAACCCCCUCUCUCUCUCCUUCCUCCCCUCUUUUUCCUUCUUCCUGUUUAUCGUUCGUCUGUUUUCAACCCUUGCGCGCCUCCCGUCACUUCUCUCGUUCUUAACACGAAAGGAAAAAAGAGAGAGAGAAAGAGAGAGCGUGAACAUGUAUCCACACGUGCACAUAUACACGUAUACACGAGAAUAUUUUUGCCCUUUACCAUUGGGUCCUCCCUCUUGGUCCUCCUGCGCUAUAUUAUUCACCAUUCAGCUGUCCGUGAACUCUCCUCGAGCGGAGAGGGCCUUUUGUCUCGCGCGCCACUCAUCCUCGCGUUCGAACGCGCGUGGCCCGCUUUGGAUUACACCAACCGAUGUUCCUCCUCCCGUCUCCUCGUCUCUCUUUCUCUUUUUUCUCUCUUUUUUGCUUCUCUCCCAUUCUCUCUGCCCGUUCUGCUGGAAGAAGGAACGGCUUAGAUAUCAGUGGAGCACGAGUUUCUGUGUGAAAUUACGUAUUACGACGAUCGUGUGGACCGUGUGUACGUUGAUAGUUUCGAGGCAAGUAGUUUUAUCUAGAAGAAAAAAGCGUGGAAUUAUAUGUGGACGUCGAAGAAAUGGCGGAUUAAUGGUUAAUAAUGAAAUUGAGGGAAAUGGUUAAUUACGAACAGAGAAGAGCUUUGUCUCAAACUCGUUCGUUUAUUUGAAAAAAAAAAAGAAAUGAGUUUCGAUGAACGCACAAUAUUCAUUGCGAAGUGCGCGGACUUAAAGAUGGAAAAUUAUUAUUAAAUCUCAUCUGAUAUAAUAAAUUCGAUUCUACCAAUGUUGAGAAAAGAAAUAGAAUGCUUCUUCGCGACAGAGGACAUUUUUAGAAAUGUGCUGCCUCGAAGAAACGUGCGAGUCUCGACAUCGCAUCCCCUUUGACUUUCUCUGAUGGGAGAAAUAAAGGGGAAGAAGGAAGAAGAGGAGAAUCUGUUCAUCCAACGACAGCCGGCCAAUUUCAACAAUGGAUCUUCAUGGUCCUACUGAUGAACUACUUUAUUCGUUAUUCAACGUUCCGUGAAUUCUGGAUAAAAGAGAGCUUUGUUUCGAGUGCUGCUACGAAUACGUGCGAUUCGUAUCUGUGUGCGACGAGUUACACACUGUUUACACAAUGUUCGAAUAUUGUUAAAGAAGAGAAAGAGCAUUCUUUCAAAAAGAUUUUCAAUCUUACAGAGAUAAAAUUUUCGAUUUCCCUUCAAAAUUGUAUUCAGAUGUAAUUACAUUACUCAUUUUUUUCGUUUCUCGAAAAAAUUUACGGGGAUGAUCGAUCAAAAGGCGAUCAAAAAACUAAUCGCAAACUUUCUCGCAACUAGAGCUACGAAGAAGCUUAGUCUACAGAGAAGGUUAUUCUCGUCGUUAAGAACAAGAAUAAUUAACGACUGUCCGCACCAGCUGUUCGCUGUUUUCCUCCAUUUUCAAAUUCCAGAGAAUUUUCUUAACAGGAUAAACAAUUCCAUCCAAAUUACCGAAUUACAGCUCAUCUCGACUUAUAUAAAUUACCCGUUAAAAAAAAAAAAAAAGAAAUA